AUGGAAGACGACAAAAAAAGGGGCAAGAACUUUUCUGAAACAGAAAAAUCAAUUUUAAUUGAUCUUAUUUUGCCAUACAAACAUAUUAUUGAAAAUAUCAAGACCGAUGGUGCAACAAAUAAAGAAAAAGAUGCAGCAUGGAGUGAAAUUGCAAAUUCAUACAAUUGCCAACAAAUAACUGGCAUCAGAACCAUUCGCCAAUUAAAAUCGGUGUAUGAUGUUCAAAAAAGAAAGGCUCGAAAAGACAAAAGUGAUUAUAAGGUUGAACUUUAUAAAACUGGUGGGGGUCGUAAUUUAUCAAUGUUGUCAAGUACAACAGACAAAGUUAUUGGACUCCUAGGUGAUCGUUUAGAACCUUUAUCUAACCAAUAUGAUUGUGAUUCUGACUAUCCAAAUGCUAAUAACCCACCAGAUGAAUUCAUAAUUCAAACAUUAAAUGAAGAGGAUCUAUCAGAUGACUUACUUAGCAACUCUGAUGAAAACUCUUAUUUAAUUGAGAAACCAGUGACAAAAAAAAGAUCACCAGAAAUACUUUUAGCACCGAGCAACAAAUUGGUAAAAAUAUUGGACAAACAAUCUGUUGCUCAUAACGUCAGCACUAGUCAUCCUGCAACUGUGGAACAAAAUAUAAAAAAAAAGCACGAGUCUUCUGCAAAAAAGGUUUAUGAAGGACUAAAUCUUUUGACUUCCAAACAUUUAGAUAUUAUUGAAAAUAAAGAAAAGCUAAAGGACAAUUUAAAUUUGUUAGCAUUAAAAAAAUCAAAACUACAGUUAGAGAUUACAGAAAUGGAGCAAAAGAUUAUGGUCCUAAAAUAUGAUACUGAGCAACAAAAGUGUGCUUCAGAACUCAAGCAAAUCAAAUUAAAAGAACAAAUUCUUGAGUCUGAACUAAGGAUGUUAUUAACAUGA